AGUGUCUGUUUUCAAGAGAAGAGAUUUUCGCAAAAUUUGACUUCUUAUGCUUUUGAAACAUAAAGGUAUGUAAAAGAUCCUUAGCAUUUCAUGCUGAAAGAAUCAAUUAUAACUUUUAAAAGUAAAUACAAAAAUUAAGUGAUUGUACUGUUUAAGAUUUUCUGCUUUUUAUCUUGUGGAAUAUUCAAGAAAUAUGUUUGUAUCCGAGUAUACUCUUUGGUUAACUUCUGCCCGUGAGCGAUAUGCAGCUAUAAAAAAAGUCUUGGAACAGUCGAAAAAUGAUCCUCCUACCGAACCUUAUCGAAGUAAAUAUGAAGCUAAAAAUAUGUUAAUUGAUCUUAUGUGCGAACUUGAAAAAUGGAGAAAUGUCAACGAAGCGCAAGUUAGACUUCUUUUCAUACUCCUCAGUUAUGAAAAAGCUGUUAUUCUUAUUGAAACUGACGAAACUGGGCCUGGAAGUGAGAUUUUAACUACCAUAUUAGAAGAAGCACGAGCAAUUGCCGAAACCCCAGAAUGUAUUCAUUUGAUUAUUAAGAUUUUAAAUCAGUUGGGUAUAAUAUGGAGUGAAAGGGGAGAGAUAGAAAAAUCCUUAUCAUAUCUUCAAGAAGCAGAAACUUUGUACAACAAUUACAAAUCUAAAAACAAUUGCUGUCCUUUUGAAUUAGAAGAAUUAUUUAUGAUUGAAAAUGUUAAUAAUAAAGAUUGGACUUCAUUUGAAAAGACUUUCACUUAUACCCUGUAUUAUUUAGCCCAAGUUUAUGAGCAUCUCAAUGAUAGUAACAAAUCUGCAAUGUAUUGUCGAGAAACACUGAAGAGACAAAGAGAAAGUGGCGAAUAUGAAACAAAUGAUUGGGCUAUGAACUGUGCUACCUUAUCACAAUAUUUUAUCCAAGAAAAACAGUUUCCUGAAGCUAGACAUCUAUUGUCUUGUGCAGCUUAUAUUCUUCUCAAGUAUGAAAUCAAAGUUGAACAGAAAUUGGAUGAGAAUAGAGAUGCUUGGACUGAAGUCCACCAAAGUAAAGCUUCACUCUCAUGUUGUUGGUUAAAAUAUUGUGUUAAUCUUUUGGCUGAACCGCCAUAUAAUGAUGAGAAGGAUAAAGAAUCUGAAAAAUUUAGUAGAUUAAUUGAAGAUGAAGAUGUCAUAAAGAUGGAAAAACGAAUACCAUGCUACAUAACAUCAUAUAAUGAUGCUAAAAGCAUUUUUAUCUUUGCUACAAAUCAUGUGUCUGUGGCUAAAUCUUAUUUCACACUGAAUGAGUAUGCAAAUAAUUAUGCUCAGAUAGUUCAAGAUAAUAGUAAGCUGUAUAAAUACCUUGCAGCUCAUGAUCCUGAUCACAGUCGUCAAUGUAAAAUGCAUAAGAGACGCUUGGAUAUUCUUGAAGAAUUAUUGCGUAGAUUGAAUCCUCAGUUUUAUCUUGCUGUCUGCCGACAAUUGCAAUUUGAGCUUGGUGAAAUCUGCCAUGAGAUGAUUGAUCUGAAGACAAAAAUUGCAAAUGAAUCUGAUGAAGGUCUCAAUGUACACAGGGCCAAGAAAAUUAAUUCUUUAGCCUUAAAAGGGAUUCAACAUUUCCAAGAUUUCAUUGAUUCCAUGAAAGAUAAGGAUGGUAAUCUUCCCACUACUUAUUCCAGUGACAUUGUCAGACCAGCAUUAAUAGCUCAUUUUUAUAUUGGCAGGUAUUAUUCGAAACUUAUCGAAAGUGACACUAACAAAAAAUUGUAUGAUUUGUCUAAAACAGAGGAAUACUACAAUUAUAUUGUCAAAUAUGCUGAAGCAAAUCCACAACAUGCAGAUAGCGUGGAGCAUGAAUUGCCUGUUGUAAAAGAAAUGCUUGAACUUAUGUCAGAGAAAAUGAAUCAGAUCACUUGUUCUACUUUAUUCUAAAGCCAUUUUUAAUGGAAAAGUAAAAUAAACCUGAUGUUAGAAUGCUGAAAAAAAUGUGUUGAUUAGAUUGAAAAAGUAUUUAAUUCAAAGGACUAUGUAUAAUCAUAAGUGUUAUUUUCUAAUAUUUUCACAGCACUUUAAGCAUAAAUUUUAGUUUAGGAUUUCUGCAUUGUGCUGAACAUUGCUGUGACAAAAUGCUUAAAUAGUAUGCUUUAUUUUGGGAGUGUAAAAUUAAUAUUUGCAAUCAAUUGUGAUAUAUAUAUUUCCAAACAGCUAUUUUUUAUUUAAAAUAAAGCGCAUGCCUGUUUAAAAAAUUUCAAAUUCAUUUUCAUGUCGGUUUUAUUUUUGAAAAUUAUUCUUUAUAUAUAUAUAUAUAUUCUUAAGGGGAUUAUUUUAUUUCUAAAUUUAAAGAUCUUGUUGAAAACAUUCAUUGUAAUUAUGGCAUGCAUCUACUUUAUAUGAAUCUUUUAUAUUUUGUUUUAUGUGAAAAAAUAUAAUAUGGAGAACAAAUAUAAAUAAUAUACCCUUAAUUUAUUAUUAACACUUUGUAAAUAUUUCUAAUGGAUGUCCAUCAUCAAACAUCCAUAUCUAUGUAUGUGUUGAACAGCUUAGAAUUAAGGAAAGAUUUAGUGCACUUUUAAAUUCUUAUUUCAUUGUAGCUCCUAGUCAUUUGUGGAAAAUGAAAUCUUUUUUCUUUGAAAAAUAUAGAUAAAAAGUUUCAUAUUGCUUCAGGGGAGAAUAAAUUUGAAAUCUUAAUUUCUAUUUUAAAAUCUAUAAAUAUGUUGUUACUUUUCUUUUAGCAAGGCAGCAGUCAGAUCAUGAAUUAACCAAUCAAACCUAGCAUUCAUUUCAGAAUAUAAUUUUUUUUUCCCUUUCUUAUUUUAAUAACUGAUAAGUAACAGAAAGUUUUUGCUUUUAUAUUUGGCUAUAAAUACUGUUGAGCUAACUGAAAAAUAGAUAUAUAAUUGUUAAAUGUAUAGUAAUAAAAAGUAUAUUAACAUUGUUGUCAGUUUUUAAAUUAAAUUGCUAAAUGUCAAAUAAUUUUUUUCCCCUGUACUGUUAUACAUAUAUAAAUUGAAGUAUUGUUUAAUAUUUUACUUUUUCCUGUAUGAUUUCGUUUUGUAGUUCCGUUAUACUUUAUAUAUAUUUGAUACAUAAACUUUUUAUCCUCUAAAACAUUUGAAAAUUCAUCUUGCAACACUAUGUCUAAUGGAGGGCAAAUCUAAAACUUUGAGCUUACAUUAUUCUAGUAUCACCUUCUCUUAAUGAUAGAUUACACUAUACCUUUACAGUAACAUUCCUAUCCUAAGAUAAAAGCAUGACCCAGAGAAACCUUUGUUCCUUUAUAAUAUACUUUAGUGCAAUGGGCAUAGUUAUAUGACCAGCAAAAAAUUUAUAAUAGAGGAUAAAGGUUGCAUAUUUCUCCUCAUGAUAAUUUAUCAAUAUAUAUAUUAACUGGGCAUAUAUAUAGAUAUAUUUGUAAUAAUUUUUAAUUAUCUACAUUCCUAAUCACUAGAAUUCUGACUUUAUUUUAACUUUUAAGUUGAACAAGCUUUUAUAUUGCAUGAAUGACUUUUUAGCAUGUACUAAAUAAAAUUGUUAGUAGAUUCUUUUCUAAAACUAUAUAAGUUCAAAAUACUUUCUUACUGUCUCUUCUUCCUAUUUUCUGAUUGAUUCAUUGUAGCUUUUAAAAGGAGAUUUUGAUAAUAAUUACUAACUUGGCUAUUUUCUUAAUAUCAUGAAAAAUAAAUUAUUGAAUUGCACUGCUACUUUCCAUAAAUCAAAAUUUUUUUAUAUAUAACAGCUAAGGGCUUGAUAAUAAAUAUAGCUGUUAUUUAAAUAUAUCUAAAGGUUAUUAGAAUUCCUGUGUGAUUUAUUUGGAUUUGUACACAGAUUACAUCAUAACAUAAUAACUUUGCAACACGUUUAUUACAAUAUUUUAAACCAAAGCCUGUUAUAUGGUUUCAAAGAGAGUUCAAUUUAAAUCUAAAAUAAUAAUAGUAAUUCCUUGGUUCUUCACCCUUACUAAUAAAUCUUUUUCUUGUAAUAUAAUUUUUAAAUACAAAAAAUAUAUAUUUAUUAGUUUAAAAAUCCCCAAUAAAAUUUAGUUUUGCCGUCCUCUUGAAUUAUGUAAACAAUAAAAAAAACAUUGCUUUAAAAUAAAUCAUCAGAUAAAGUAAGCUAAUUAUGUAAAAAAAUCAUUAUUUGUAUCAACUGUAACUUUGGAAAUGUAUUGAAAUUGGGUAAUUUCUUUCAAUAGUUUUAAUCAAAUAUUAAACUCUCAUCAAUAAUUUUAAGAAUAAAAAGUUUUAAUUUAUUAUGUAUGAUUAAUUUAUUACUAUGAUUUGAAAAUGAAUUCACCCUGUAGAAUGAAACGUAUGUGGAAAAUUGUUUUUUAUUAAUGUUGCUGCAUAAUCAUGAUUAAAGAGGAGAGCUAUUUCUAAUAAUUUUAAAGAAAAAAGUCUUAUUUAAAGGAUUUUUCUUUGUUUGGUUAUAUAACCUUUCAUAUUAUAGAUGUAGCUAAGGUAUUAGAUGCUGUGUUGAGUGGGUGUUGUAUAUGUAUUCCUUUGAUAUGAUCAAUCUAACAUUCUUUUUUCUUGUUGUUGUUAGUCUUUAUUAGGAAGUUAAUUGUGUAUGAAGGAAGGUUUGGUUCCUUUACAUUGUUUUAUGUCAAUAUAAUGUUUUUAUAUCAGUCCGCAUCCUUCUAUUUUCAUUCUGCCAUCUAAGCUUUACGAAUAAUAAGAAUGUAAAAAUAUUGCUGUUAUUUACUGUUAACUGUUUCCUAUAUGACUGUGACUAUAAAUAUUUGUUUUUUGAUGACAUGCAUUUUAUUUUUGUUUUAGUUUCUUUCCAUUUUAUUAAACAAAAAUGGAAAUCAAUAAAUUC